AUGGUCGAACUCAUCAACCCACCGGAAACCCGCGAACUACUCCCUCCCCUCCUCGCAUGCCUCCCACUAGCCUUUGUCUCGCCCCGCGCACCCCCAGCUCUGUUACCACUUCUCUCCCCUAUUCUGCGCCAACGAGUCGGGGUUCUCAGUUCGCUAUCCACAUCUUCCACAGAGUCAUGGCUGCAACUACUGUGCUGGGAUGCUGGGAAAGCAGAGCGUCUGCAAAGGGUCAUUGACGGUGCCACCUUUGAACCACACCCCGUAUCGGGCGAAAUCGAGCUUCCGGAUGAACUUCCGGUGACAUACAAGCGGAUCGAUGAUGAGACUCUCAAAGCACAAGUUCCACUCACCGAAUACAGCUUGACGGUGGUCUAUUUGUGGUGCCCGACAGACGAAGAGGGAGGUGGCCGUGGCUGGCGAGUCGCAGAGCUUUUGCCGCGGGAGGGAGCUGCUGAGGAUGACGAUACCUGGGCUUCUUCCAUCGGGGAGGCGAACAUUCAGGCAAAGGACCAGCUCCUGGCUGAUACAUUAAAGGCUACCGAGGAAGAGAAAGCUCAGGAGAACAGCAUGGAUAACGACGACGACGAUGACUACUGGGCUCAAUACGACUCCACACCUGGGGCCAAGACCCCCGCGCCUACUGGUUCAUCAAAGCCGGGUCCAUCUGGCUUAUCUGAGCAGUCUUAUUUCUCGCAGUACGGCGACGUGCAGCCGGCCAUGGAUAAUCACGAUCCCACGGAGGAGCAACCGGAGGUUGGUCCGUCAUCGCUCAAUGGAGAUAUGCUGGCCAAUCUCUUGCGACGACAGGUGAACGGAGUCAAUUCAGAGGAUGAGCCCCGCACCAACGGAUAUUCUCCAGACCAUAUCCCCAGUGAUAAGGCCGCACAAGAUUUGAACCACCCACGGCCGGCCUCUGCAUCUUCUGGUAGCUCCGAUGCUAUCGCCAAACUGGAACACGAGGCAGAGAGCCAGUCAACCUACGAGGUGGGAGUGAAACAACAUAUCGGUACGAGCAUCAAGAGUUUGUUCCGCUUGGCAAAGGCCACUGGAAUGCCCCGGGCAGAAUUCCAGGCAUUGGUCUCGAUGGAAUUGGAGCUUUUGAAUGUUACGGAUGACGAUUAA